UGUUUUUUAAAAUAUUUGCACGCACAGUCAUCAUCUACUUUAGUAUGCACCAACUUUUUAAUCCAACAGCAGUUCUAGGCUUAGUUUGUCAUAACUUCAACUCAUAACCAACAAAUCGAUUAAAAGCAAGUAUUUAGAAGAAAUAAAUAGAAGGUACAGAUAUACAACAAGAUACAGAUAAUUCAACGUGUGUCGAGCAUUCAUCUCAUUGCUGGAGUUUCUAUUGAACAAGUCUCCGAGCAUAACCAUACCAGCUUUACGUGUAAACAUGGCUGACAUAACGUAUUCGACUGUGGACAACGAAGUCUCCGACAUUCUAAAUAAGUGUUUCGUUACCAGCUUUCGAAAUGGAUACAUUAAAGCUAACGAUGUCGUGUUGCCCGUGUACUUCAAGAAGUUUGGACAACGUAUACAGGAUAUGGACAUCAGGGACGAUGACAUUUGGGUCUGCAGCUAUCCAAAAACAGGAACCACGUGGUGUCAGGAGAUGACGUGGUGUAUUGCAAACGAUUUAGAUUUCGAAGGUGCCAAACAAUUUCUGCCCGAAAGAUUUCCGUUUUUAGACCACACACCACUAUUUGACUAUGAAAAAGUGCUGCCAGAAAAACCAGACCUCAAGCUGCCGUUGUAUGUGUCCGAUUCGAUCGAGUUCAUAAAUGGAUUAAAAUCUCCGAGAUUUAUCAAGACUCAUUUGCCUUACAAACUUCUGCCAAAAAAACUUAGAGAUCAAAGUACCAAAGCAAAAAUCGUUUACGUGGCCAGAAACCCAAAAGACACUUGCCUUUCAUAUUUUCACCAUUGUUGUUUGUUAGAGGGAUAUACAGGAAAUUUUGAAGAUUUUUGUAAAUUGUUUACCUCUGAUUCCCUCUGUUUUAGCCCAUUUUUUGAUCACAUUCUUGGCUACUGGAACCGAAGAGACGAUUCGCAAGUACUUUUCUUGAAGUACGAAGACAUGAAACAGGACCUACGUGCGGUAAUUCGUCGAACAGCUGAGUUUUUAGGCAAAGAUUUGCUUGACGAUCAAGUUUUAGUUUUGGAAGAUCAUUUAAGUUUCGAAAGCAUGAAGAACAACAGAGCUGUGAAUUACGAGCCAGUUAUUGAGAUUAAUAAAACUCACAAAUUAAUUGAAGCUGAUGGAACUUUUAUGAGAAGUGGUACAGUGGGAGGAGGAAAACAAAAAAUGUCACCAGAGUUUGUAAACAUUUUUGACGAAUGGGAAGAGAAAUGUUUAGGAAAAAGUGGAUUAAAGUUUUAAUGAAAUUAAUUAAGUACCUAGUAAACAAGUGCCUAUGGUGUUAGGUGUUUAAUGAGAAUUUAAUUACAAAACUAAUGGUAUAUUUAUUUAUUUAUUUAUUGGUUACUAAGCUUUGUAUACGUUCGGUGAAUUAUUUUAUAGAUACCCAUACAGUAAGUUUCACAUAAUGUGAUCACUUAUUCAUAGAAUAAAUCGUUUAUUGAAAUCAAAAAUUAAAAAACCUAAACCUAUUUGGUUACCUAGCUGUGAGUUAUAUCUUUAUAAAGUUAAAUUGAUCUUUUAUUAGAUAUUUGAAUCAUUUUUAUGAUUUUAAAUAUACAGAUAGUCAAAAUCAAAGCUCAUUAUAAUAUCAUAAAAUCAUAUUUAUUUUUAACAUUUAUUCUCAAUAACAAAUUUAUUUAAUUUUAGGAUAGUAUAGAAAAAUAAUUACAUAAUGGUCAAAUGCAAUUUAUUAUUGAAAGUUUAUUUUCUUUAUAGUAAACUGUUUCAAUUAGGUAGGUACCGUAUACGUACAAUGUGAUUUAAUUUUGUUACUUUUUUAAGUAUCAUAAUAAUGAAUAAUUACAAAAAAUAUGUUUCAUGGAAUCAACCAGUUAACAGCACAACCUUACCCGCACCACUUUCAUCACCUAUCAGUUAUCAAGUUAUCACAUCAUGCGGAACUCGCUAUAAUACCAAUAAAUUAUUAUCAUAGUUCAUUAAUAUUAAAUAAAAACAUAAAAUGUUUAAAAUGUUUACUAAUACUAAAACAUUUAUAAGUAAGACUUAUGAAUUUUGUUAAUAUCUAUACAUUUUAACUACUUGAUAUUAGAAUAAGAAUAUACUAAUAUGACAGUGUUUAGCUGUUUAUUAGAUAAAUAUAAUUUUUAUACAUUUCAUUAUUUUAA